AUGACUUUUUUCUGCCUACCACUGCCGACAAAAAUAGGAAAACCCGAAAUUCUGAAUACCACUGCGGCCGGCCGCUAUGUCCCUCCACUGCUUGAGGCACCCUCCGCUACACAGGUCGGGGCCGUGGUCAUUUCAAUCAUCGUCGCCUUCUUGGUGGCCCUCCUUUUGCUGGAUCUGGCGACGUUGAAGCGAGAUAUAUACUGGCUAUUCAACAACAUUCGCCUACAAAAGCGUUUGUGGCGGGCCAAAAGGAGAAUCAGGGCGGCCAAGAAGGCGGCGAAGCAGGAACAGCAGGGAGGAGUCUGCGAGAAGGCCGAGUGA